AUGUACUACUACGAGUUUUACGUGUUAUUGACAGUGGCUGUAAUCAAAUUCGCUCAGAGUGAAAUCAUGGAGAAUUUGCCUAGACACAGUCGUGUUGCUCGACAGCGUGAUUUUUGGUUUGGUAAUGGAAACAGAAGGGUGGACCAUUUUAGUGACCGAGCUAGUAGAUUUCUUUCACUAUUCACCUUCGUCCAGUUUGACGGCCAAGAUUGCCAAGCUGCUGAUGGAACAUACGGUACUUGUCUCAGUACUACUGCAGACUGCGCCAGAAGAGGUGGGGCCAUCGCAGGACCGUGUGCAGGAGGGUAUGGUACUUGUUGCAUAUUCCUAGUUUCCUGCAGCCGCACAAUUCGAGAGAACGGAACUUACUUCGUGAAUAAUGGAUAUCCAAAUCAGUACGAUGGAUCAGGUUCCUGUCAGGUCACGCUCACCAAAUCUUCUUCGGAUGUCUGUCAAUUCAGGUUGAAUUUUGAAAUGUUCACGAUCAUGGGCCCAGAGUCUGAAAACCAUAUUUGCAACAGCGACCAAUUCUUAGUGUCUGGAGGUAUUCCGGUACCUGUUAUAUGUGGAGAUAGCACUGGAAAUCACAUGAAUAACCGAACUCAGUCUUUCACCCUCUCCGGCAACUCGAACAACCGGGUGCCAGCGAUGGUGGGCAGCACGGGCAACUCGAAUUUCUGCCAAGCCGACUUCCUCGUCGUCCCGAUGGCGUCCAACGUCGGGCGGGCAGCCACGGGGCCCUCGGCCACUGUGGACAGGAUAUGUGGCGGCAUCCUGGCUGCCGACGUCACUUUGCAGCCAACGACAGUCAGAAGUACUGCGAAACCUUUUCAUCUUUAUUUCCACACGGAUGGUGUUGAGGCUCCAAAUGAUAUCGACAAUAAAGGCUUCUGUCUAAAUUAUAUCCAGCAACCAUGUGCCAGUGCUCUCACUUAGAAACUCGAAAAAACUAGGCAAAUAAGAG